AUGGUCUCAGAAGGUCCUAAUAAUCCGGACCUGGAUAAGGUUAAUGGAGACAGAAAGAAGUUGAUGGAUGAGGGUGUUUUUGCUCUUAAUAAGUUUAUGAUAAGUACCGAGUUAGCAAUAUGGAAAGUGUGUGAAACAUUGAAUGUUUUCCUGGCCCAAGGAUUUGCUGAUAAAAUCGAAAUUGGCCAAUUGAUAUUUAUUGGACCCGGCUUGUACUUAUUUUCACCAUUUACAAUUCCAGCUCCUACUAUCCCAACUUCCUUUAUCAAUUUAGAACAUGCACCUAGACUUUGGUAUAAGGAAUUCUCAAAGGAAGGACAGCGACUUAUUGCAAAACCUAAAACUAAAUACGCAACUGGAUUCACACCAGAUCGGCCAAAAGCUGUGAGAUUUGAAAAUUUUUUGCCCAAAAUCUCAAAAGAAACAAAUAGGGGAAGGGGAAGGGGAAGUAUGAGAGGUCGUGGUAAGGGAGUAUAG